GAGGGGACGAAAGAGGCAAGGGAGGACCAGUACGAGGAGAGAGGGAGAGAGAGGCAGAUACGGAGGUCCACAGACAGCAGCGGCGUGCAGAGUGCAGCAUGCAGACUGGCCACUGACGCUGCUGUUGGAUUGAACACACAUGCGGACACACACACACCCCUGAGGAGUGUAUGAGACAUGCCCAGGCUGCUGUCCAUGGACACACACACACUGGCAGGGCACCAGAGAGGAAAUACAGCAAACCCCCGAGCCUGAGGAGCUAUGGAGAGCAGCAUGUUCUUUGGUAACACAUGUCAAAAUGGCCUCAUGCCUGCAUUGGUGCGUCCCACCCUGCCUGCUGUCCAGACCUCGCUGGCCAUGAAGCAGUUUCUACCUAUUCCUUUGGAUACAGCCUCAGCGGUCAGCCUCUUUCCAGGAUUCAACACAAUGGACCCGGUGCAGAAAGCCGUCCUCCAUCACACCCUCGGACUCCCUCCCACCGCCAAGAGGAAGCACGUCUCCUGCAGCGUUUGCCAACUGAGGUUCAACUCACAGAGCCAGGCCCUGGCCCACUACAAGGGCACCAAACAUGCCAAGAAGCUAAAAGCCCUGGACGCCCCGAAGAGUAAGCUCAAAGGCUCAGUGGUCACCAAGGAAACCGCCAACCAGGAGAUGGCCAAGGGCAUCAACACCUCACAGGUCCCCAACAACACUGAGAGGAAAGAUGGCCUCCCUGGAACAGCGCCCCUAGCGCUUUCCCCUGUGCUCAGAACAGCACAACCCCUGGCAUCCUUGGCGACCCCUACCACGCCGUCGCCAGCACCUGUGGCCUCGCUGACAGUGCCGAGCAGCACGGCGGCCGCAGCCCCAGAGACUACCUCAGCUGCUGGGGGAGACGAGGGGCACUCGAAGCUAGAUUCCCCGUCAGAACCCGACCUCCCGGAGCCCGAUGCCGAACCCGAAGCGGAGACAGACGCAGAAACGGAGGAGGAGAAAGCUCGCCGUCUUCUCUACUGCUCCCUCUGCAAAGUGGCAGUCAACUCCGCGUCACAGCUGGAGGCUCACAAUAGCGGUACGAAGCACAAGACGAUGCUCGAGGCCAGGAGCGGCGUGGGUUCCAUCAAGUCUUUUCCUCGAGCAGGAGUCAAAAGCAAACUGGCUACAUCCUCCAAAUCAUCCACAGGCCUGCAGAACAAAACGUUUUACUGUGAGACAUGUGACGUGCACGUCAACUCAGAGACUCAGCUAAAACAGCACAUCAGCAGCCGGCGUCAUAAAGACCGAGCAGCAGGUAAACCAGCCAAACCGAAAUAUAGCCCCUACAGCAAACCACAGAAAGGCCAGACCAAGCAGCCGAUAAAAUUGAUUUUGGGGAAGGAGCGCCAGUGUCACCCUCUGACCACACAGAUCAUACCUGCUCACCUGGCGGCAGUGGCAGCAGCUGCCGCAGCCAUCGGCAACUCUUUCACGCACCGCACGAACAGCGCCACUAAUCACACCCCGACCCCUGCGCUCUUUCAGACACAAACCCUGCCUGCUGCACUGCUCCGCCCAGCUCCCGGGCCUGUCAGGACCUCCCAUCCACAAGUCCUAUUUGCCCCUUAUUGACCCGUUCGACCCAGCUGGAGCUACUCUGCCUCUGCUCAAGGAACUGACCAUACGGGUCACCCAGACCAGACCAGGAGUGCUUUCGGCAAACGUACUCCUUCUAUGCAUCCAGAAUACUGAACAUCAUCGUGUCAUUAUCGGACCUGUACUGUUUCUCACCUCUCCACAUGUGGAUUAACCUCCAUUCAGAGCAUCGGGUGCUUUCUCAUGCUGGAUUUAUUUCUCUAAUCUCACUGGACUUUACAUGCUUUCUGUGCCAUCCUGCUGCCCAUGGCUCAUGCCUAGACCCCGGACUUGAACCUACAUUGUACCGCAAUAAUAUAUAAGACUAACCCCGUGAACUAUGCAGUGUCAUUAUUUCAUGAAGCGAGGCGCCGUUUGAGCUAAAAUAUGGUGGGGAUAUGCUUUCUGUAAAGAUGCAGCGUGGCACUUAGAUCACUGCUUUGGUGGAGGAUUACUGUCACUCAUAAUUUAAAAGGUUGUUACAAAUUGUAGGAGUGAGCAAAGCCCUCCUCUGUUCCUGUAUGCACUUUAAGCCCCUCCUCCGUUGAUGUCUACAUUAGAUGGUUAGACUAUGUUAGAUGGUUAGUAUAUGUUGUACUGUGUGUUUUUUGUAUCCGUUCUUGCAUAAGUGUGUGUGUGUGUGUGCACGCGCGCACGCGCGUGUGUGUGUGUUUGUGUGUGUGUGUGUGUGAGAGAGAGAGAGAGAGAGAGAGAGAAAGCUUUCCAUCCACCAUAAGCCAUCCCAGUCGAUAUCCAGCACACGUUGUCACUGACCAUGUCUCGGGCCAGAGGGACCACAAAGGCUUGUCUGUGUUAACUGUCAAUGUGUAAAAGGUGAACAGUUUAAAAUAAAAGAGCCCUAAUUUGUUAAUGCUGGUGGCCAUGACCAAUUCAUUGGAUAAAAUCACAGUUACAGUCAUGGUAUUCAUAUGAGCUUACAACAUUGAGUUACAUCAGCAAGUUCUGAAUAAUUCUUAACAAUAUUUGAUCAACCAGUGUACAGCUGUGUAAUUUCAAUAAUAUUCAUCCAGUUUUCAAACAUUUCUAAAGAACACCACCAAAGUGAAAAGAAGAUUAUUUCCAUGUGCAAUAAUUUAUAUGUGCUGCUAUGGCUCUGUUCUGAGACCUUCCAGGCCUUCCACACGCAUACGAGCAUAAUGGGAUUCUCACAUGGAAAGUGUCACGAGCAUUUAAUUCAUUUUUAAUAAAAAGCAGGCGGGUGAGAUGGGUGGUGCUAGAGCCAGCGGGCGUGGUCCUGAAAGAGACUUGCUGUGUCGAGAACACGCCCACCCACGUUGAAGAUCAAGAAUACUGGAUAUUCGAGUUGGAGAUCAUGCUAAACUUCAAGGUGACAAAAUGGGGAAAAUGUAAUUCUGGCUCUGGCAGAACAGCCACUGCCGUAUAGUGCACAUAUUAAAAUUUACAGGGACAUAAAGAGGUUAUUUAUGAUGGUGUUGGAGAAACCGGAAAAACAGCGAACAGUUUUCAAGGAACAAAGUAGGAAAUGCAACUAUUUCAUGUUGUCAAACUCAACAGUGAUGCUAAGUUGGUUCCAUCUUGCAGCUGACUGAUGCUUGCGAGAAAAAUGGUGUCAAGCAGUCUGGCUGCAGUGGAAUUCUAUGUGAAAAGUGUGCGAGGCUUGGAGAGCAUAGAAGAUCCAAACACAUCAUGAAGAAGAUGAGCAGGAUUGCAAAGUGACUUUCAGAUGCCGCAGCAACUGUAGGCCGGGUAAAACAGCUUAAAUAGUAUGCUUUGAAUUAAAUUUACCAACAAAAAAUAUUCUACCUGAGCCUUGAGCUGAUGUGGGUUGGAAAUAAAUGUCAUCACCUAUCUGUUGGGAUUUUGGGCUAAGCUUCACUUUGUGGCUUUUUUAAACUAAUUCUACGCUUUAUUUUAAUCUAUUCUGAGCAAAAGUCAAGUUCAGAACACACGAUCUAGAGACAGCAAAAAUGAGUAAAUGGAAAUCCCAAAUCACUGUACCUAAAAAACAAACACCACAUAUAUACUCUGGUGCAAUGAAGGAUAUUCACUCUAUUAUUGUUUAGUUUUUGCAAGGUUUGGAUACACAGAGCGACAGUAGUGCACAUGCAUACACAGUCAGAAUACAAAAAUCUAACUGAAAACGUAGAAUUGAAAUUCAUCGCAGAGCACCAUCCCCACAAAAAACAAAUAUGUUUCUGAAGAAUGUUUGCUCAUCUUAUUUGUAUCAUAGAGUGUUACUGCAGACAUAUAUCUAUAAUCCUGAGGGUAAAUAUGCUACCGGCACAUUUGCAUUCUGCUGAAAUAUCAGAAAUAUAAUGUUGCUUUUUUCCAGGGUUAGCGAGCACAGUUGAUUUAUUUUUAAGUGACAUGAAACUUAUUAAUUCAGUGCAAAAAUUUGCCCAAACAGGCUGCUAUGGUGUGACUGACAGAUGAUUAAUUGGACUAGUAAUACAGCAAAGCUCAUGAUCUUGAUAAUUAGCUGAAUGUAGUUAUGUAAAGUCCAGCCAGUCAGGCACAGAGUCAUUUCUUGUCAUUUAAAAUGGAAAACUUUAAAACUUUGAAACUGUAGUCCAGAUAAAAUGCUAAUGAAACAUUGGUGAGUUUAGGACGUGUUAAGCAAAGUAUCCACUUUGCAAUUUCUUGGUUAGUCCAGAGGUGCCCAAGGAUCUUGGUGAUGCUGUUGGCUGCGAUCAUACUGUGAAUGAGGGUAAAAAUGAUCACUGUCUGGAGUUAAAGGGAGCAAUUAAUGAAUUAAUAACAAAUAAAUCAAAUCAGGCAGUUUAAUACAUAACGAUACAAACUGAGUUCCUUUUGUAUGUGCUUCUACCCACACGUCCUUCUAAGUGAUCUCAUAGAGCUCAGAAAGUAAAUUCAUCUCAUGGUCCCACCUGCAAGCUAUACACACAUCUGUUUUUUUCCUCUCAUGCCUGAUCUGUGUCCAUUCAGUUGUCAAUAAAGUUGUGCUCACUUCAGCAUCUAGGUAGAGCACAGGAGCAAAAGCACAAAGUAAUUUAACACGCAACUUUUCUCUCCGUAAGUAUCGCCAAGCAUAUAUUGCACAGCUCUGCAUAUGUUUUGCUAAAAUGAUCUGGUUAUUUCACACAUACACAGCAAACUGAAUGAUAAUAAUUUCAUGCUAUGUGAGAAUAAGCCGUGUUCAGACACAUAUGUAUGUGUUCUAUGCACUGUGAAAAAUCACACUCAGGGAUCAAACCACAAACCGUCCAAUUAGCACACAACCUGCUCGACCGUCUGAGCCAUCACUGCUUGGUGUCGCUCAUACCGGGUUAGUUCAAGGGCGGCAGACGUCAGUUUGAAUUUAAACUGAUGAUGCUCACAAGAAGUACUUGCCAAUCGGAAAGUAGCCACGAUAGCUCAUGCAACAUCUGCUUAUAUAUCGUGAAAUGUAUUUGGCUAAAUCCACAAAGAGAACUAAACCUCAGAGCCAGCAGCCAAUCUAUGGGAUCAGCACAGGUCAGCUGACUACAGCCUGUUCAGAGUCUGGGUGAAUUGGAGCUCACAAGUUUGGUAGUUUUGAAAUGACUCAUUUUUUUCCUCACUGAAAACUGAACCGCUACCAGGAUCUUAUGGUUCCUCCACCUGCCAGAGCCCAUUUUGAGCCCAUGUCAUUUGUAAUGGUCUUGAGAACAAACAGCCCAAAACAACACCAAACAGACUGGAUGUUUAAAAAAAAAAAAAGUUGAGUUGUAGCAGCAGGAGCUAUGUUCGUAUGAUGUCAUUGUAGUCUAGCAUUCAGUAGAAAUGAUCAUUGUACAGCCUACAUGUACAAGUUUAUUAGACCUAUGCCACACAGAGCUCGCAGUAAACUAAACAAAAUUCUGAAGUCUUACUGUGUGUAGACACCUUAAGGGACUAUUGUCAGCCAUGAAUAAUUAGACAUUUGGUACUCUCUAACCAUUAGUGGCAGCAGGGCGGCAAAUGUGGGAAUGAGUCAAAAUAAACUCGAGUGUGCGUGCUUAUGGUAAUGAAGGAAUAUGUCAGCCAGUGCAAUGCUGUGGCUUACUGAGCUAAAUCUCUCCGUUUGGACAAGACUUCUCCAUCUUUAUUCUCUAAGACGUUCUUAAAAGCCACAGUAACUGGCCAUUAACAUUUUUCUGCCAACAUUAAUCCGGUUCUGUCAAAAUAAACAAGACAAAUACAUUUUACAGCGUGAUUAAAAACGAAUGCAUCCUUUAAUAAAAACUCAUAUACGUGGCAGACAAGCAUUAACAAGUGAGCGUG